AAAAAAGAAAGUUGAUUUAUGAUUAGUUGACAUUAAAUUCGAUAAUUCGUUAAACCUAUAUAGUGUUAAUUUAGUGCUUUCUCUGAAAUUUUAUCCAUUUAUACAUUUUAUCACUGUGUUUAUAUUUGAGACUGUAAAGUGAAAGAACAAAAUGAAUCUAAAACGAAGUUUACCCAAUAUAUUGAUUACAGGAACCCCUGGAGUUGGAAAGUCAACCAUUAGCAGAAAAUUAGCAGACCGUGUAAAAUUUGCGUGGCGGGAGGUGUCCAAGUUGGCCGAAGAACACAACUGUUUAGAUGAAUUUGAUCCGGAAUACCAAUGCCCUUUCCUUAAUGAAGAUAAACUGCUGGAUGUCAUGGAAGGAAUGAUGGCGAAAGGUGGCAACAUUGUGGAUUACCACGGUUGUGAAUUCUUUCCAGAGAGAUGGUUCGAUGGUGUCUUUGUUAUCAGGACAAACAAUACAACAUUGUUUGAUAGAUUAUCUCAAAGGGGAUACACAGGCAAAAAAUUAGAGGACAAUAUACAGUGUGAAAUCUUUGAGACUUUACUAGAAGAAGCGCAGUCAUCGUAUAAGCCAGAAAUCAUUGUAGAGCUUAGAAAUGACACUGAAGAACAGUUGCAAAGCAAUGUUAACGCUAUAGUGGAAUGGAUUGAAAGAUGGAAGGAAGAAAAUAUAUAAUUUAACAAUA